AUUUUAAAUUUACACAGUAAGAUGGUUAAGAUUUUUUAUCAGCUUUUAUGGAACAAAACUAUAUCAAUAAAACAGACAUUGGUAAAAUUGACCCAACUGAUGAUGCACAUUUCCUUCGAAUAACAAAUAUGUAUUUGGGUAUUGGGGUUCUUCAGAAUAUAGAUUCUUUAGAGGAACCUGCUAAAAUUGAUUUUCUUAAACGCUGUCGUAAUUUUUUAAUUACUGCUUGUCUAGAAAUAAAAAAACGGUAUAAUUUCGAAGAUCCUGUGCUAAGUAAGUUGCCCAUCUUAACUUUAGAUAGUAUCAAAAAGGGCAAUGAGACCACACUUUUACCGCUGAUGAAAUCUUUAUCUCAAUUUGUGAAAACAUCAAAACACACAUCAACUACAAAAAAUUGAUGACCAGUGGAGAAAAUUACAAAUUUACGAAGAUCUACCAGAAUCCACGGAAGUUGAUGAGUUUUUUUAUAAACUAAGUCAGGUAAAAGACUUUAGUAGAGAAUUCAUAUUCCCCGAUUUGUCCAAGUUAACACUUAGGGCCGGUUGUAUAAAUCAAUUUUGAUCUUAGGUUCAACGGAACGCCGAUCAAAAUGUGAACUGCGUUCAUUCGAUAUUCUGUUGUUCAAUGUAAACUGAACUUUAGUUCAGCUGAACUGAGGUUAGUUUAACUUGGCACUACAAAUAUUUAGUUACUUUUGGUUUUUUUUUAUUUUUGACAUUUAACAUAACCUAAAAGGAGAGGUUUGUUUUGUUUUUGUUUGAUUUGGCGGGCUGGGUUGCUUGCAAGUAAAAAAAAGUAAAAGCAGUAAAAGUUUAUAAAAAGUGUAUUUUCUACUUGGUGUGGCUGGUACUACUAAUUAAACUUGAUUUUAUAUACCUAUAGGUAAGUACAAAUUGAUAUUUUUGCAAGCCGUUAAAUACUUUCGAAUUUUAUUGUAGUAGGUGUUGCUUUUUUUUUAUUGGGUACAGUGUUUAGUUUUUGUAUUUAUUAUUUGUAGAUUCUUGUUUGGUGGUGGAAUAUUUUAUAAAUGGGUUCUUGUAAGAAAAGAACUGUUAAUGAGCCUUGUACUAAAAUAUAAGGGCACAAUUGAAUGUCGAAAGGCUGACAAAAUGAACAACGAUUUAAAGCAGAAAGCUUGGGAGCGUCUAUCAAAUGAAUUUAAUAGCAUUUGUGGAGAGCCUUUCAGAGAUGCAAAAGUUCUUCGUGGCAAGUAUGAAAAUCAAAAAAAAAGGUCAAAACAAAAAUUUGCUGAUGAAAAAAUAUACCUACGAGGAACUGGAGGAGGGCCUGUAAAACCUAAGAUAACUGACAAUAUCGACAAACAAGUUAAAGAAAUUAUAGGUACUCAGGCUUUGAUUCAGAAUUUGAUGGACAUAGUAAAUAUGGCAACAUGCAGAUGGAAACUCCUGAGGGAUCUCGUUUUAAUAUUUCUGAUUUAGAGUUACCUAAUGAAGACAUAGAGCAAAUGGAGGAAUAUGGCAAAGAUUCUAAUGAGGAAGAUAGUUUAUUAUCAGCUGCUUUGCCUACCAACUGCAAAAUAACCCCAGAAAAGCUUCGCACUCCAAAAUCGAAGCCAUUGAAAACCGUUUUGAAGAAGGCUUGUGCUAAUAAGGAAAAUAAAAAUAUUCUGUCAAAUAAAAUUAUUUCCUGGGCUGCAAAUAAAGCUGAAUUAGUCUCCAAGGAGACAGAAUACCUUGAAAAAGAACAUCUUUUGAGGGUAGAAAUCAUGAAGGAACGCCACAAAUAUCAAAUGGCACUAGAAACAAAGGAGAGUGAUAAAAGAAUUCUUAUUCAAGCUAAAAAAGCUGAACUAGAGCUGGAGAUCCUUCAACUGAAAAAAGAUCAGCUGCUAUCUGCUGAUAAAUGAUGUCUGUUUUUAUAAUUUAAAAAUAUGUAUUUGUAAAAUAAGUUGUAUUUUAUUUAUGAAAUAAAAAAAUGUUUUUAAAAUUUAACCAAUUCUUGUUAAUUUUAUGUGUGGAAAUGCAAAAUUAAAAAUGUUUUUGUGGUGGGUGUCAAAGUAAUAAAAACCGUAAAAAAAAGUUUUUAUUGCAAUUUUGAGUUCUACUCAUGUG